AUGUCCAACCGCUUUGUGUCUGCGGGCAAAAUUGGUUCGUCAGGCGAGAUAUCUACAGAAACCAAGAGCGCAGAACCAAACGCAUCCCAGCAGCCUCUCCACAGCUCUACAAAAUUGAAAGAAUGGGAAGCCGUUCAGGAACAACUGGAAGCUGAAAGAAGAAGACGUGAAGAGCAGCGCAUCAAGUUGGCCACAGGAGAGGGCGAAAAGAGUUUAUAUGACGUACUCCAAGCAAACAAAGCUGCGAAGCAAGCAGAGUUUGAAGAACAAAGCAAACUACGUAACCAGUUCCGCGCGCUGGACGAUGAUGAGAUAGAGUUCCUGGACGAGGUACGCGCAAAAAAGCGCGCCGAGGAGGAACGCGUGAAGCAGGAGACAGAGGAGGGUCUAAAAGCAUUUCGCGAGCGGCAAAAGGGCGAUACUGUUCAGGACGGACCUGCUGAUGCUCAAGAAGGAGGCGAAUCGUGGGAGAUUGGCCGGAAGCGGAAGCGCAACAAGGAGAAGGAAGUCAAGGGUUUAAGGCGCAAGGUCACUACUGCAGAGGAAACUGACAAGCAAGAUCUGAAGCCACCAGAAACCACAGAACAGGACAGCGAAAAGGAGGUGACGCCCAAAGCUGCAACUCAAACAGCCCCAAAGCCGCCUGAAAAGAAGGCGUCGGGGUUAGUGAGUUAUGGGAGUGACUCCGAUGAUGACUGA